AUGAAUACAGUGUGCCACUUCAAUCCUGGUUCGAUCUUCGUAAUUGAAGAUGAUCCCCAUUAUUUAAACGAUCGUUUGGAUCGUACUUCUCGUGUAUUUGAUCGUAUGUUUUGGGCUUAUCGUCAAUCUAUUGAAGGAUUCAAGCAUUGUCGACUAGUGAUUUUUGUUGACGGGACAUUCCUAUACGGUAAAUAUAGUGGGUGUAUAUUGUGUGCAACAGGGCUUGAUGGAAAUAAUCAGAUAUUUCCAUUAGCUUUUGCUAUUAUCGAGAAGGAGGAUUCAGAUAAUUGGGGAUGGAUCAUGUCUUGUUUGAGAGCUUAUGUCACAGAACGCGAAGAUUUAUGUGUCAUUUCUGAUCGUCACAUUGGAAUUAAGAAAUCUAUGGAACAAGAUUGGUGGCAACCACCAAGUGGACACCAUCGAUACUGCAUACGGCACAUUUUGAGCAAUUACAACACAAAAUUCAAGAAUGCAACAAUGAAGGAAUGUUUGCGAAAGGCUGCUAAUCAUAACCAAAAGAGAAAAUUCUAUGACGCGAUGAAUAAAAUUAAGGAACUCAAUCUCGAGACCUUUGAAUGGGCUGUGAAGAUACCUCUGGAGAAGUGGACUCGUUCCCACGAUGGUGGAAAGCGAUAUGGAUCAAUGACAACUAAAACCAUUGAGUCUGUCAAUGGAAUGUUGAAAGGCUUUCAAGCAUUGCCUAUUACAGCAAUGGUUGAAAAAAUAUUUUAUCAAUGUGCGCAUUACUUCGAUACAAGAAGGCAUCAAUUUCAUCGGCAGCAACAAGAGGGCUAUAGAUUCACCCAGUCAACUGGUGAAAUCAUACAAAAAAAUGCACAGUCAGCAAAUGGCCAUCGUGUUACGACAUUUAAUCGUGAUGAUUUGGUUGUUGAAGUUCGAAGUUUUAAAUCUGGUCAAAAACAAGUUGUUAAGCUUAUAGAAGGGACCUGUACUUGCAAAAAAUUUCAAGAGAUGCGUAUCCCAUGUUCACAUACCAUAGCAGCCUGCAUGUCGAGGUCUGUGGAUUAUGAGCAAUUCGUUGAUAGCUACUACACUCUCGAAAGGUCAAUUAAAUGUUACGAAGACAUGUUCAGUCCAUUAGGUAAUUCAGACUAUUGGCCUGCAGAUUAUGAAUUACCACUAAUUCCAAACAAGAACCGAAUAAGGAAAAAAUGGCGACCGAAGUCAUCGAGAAUUCAUAAUGAAAUGGAUUGGAGGGGAAUGGACAGCUCAAAUGACAGUAGAUUAUUUAUUAACCCAGGACCACGUGAUACUUCAUUGCUAUAUCUCCAAGCAUCUCAUAGGUCCCAAGUCGUGUGGAAUGAUCCACAAGAGGCCGGUGUAAUCACAUGCCGGCGAUCAUCUACUGUAUUACACGGUUAUGAUAUUGAUGACAGGCUUAUCCCUUAUCUCCAUGCUAGUGGAUUUUACGGAGCUGUUUGA